GAUAGACAAGGAAAUAUAUUCUAAGAUUAUUCAUUCAGUGCAGUAUGGAUUGCUUACUUGUGUGUAUUUUUCACCCCUAAUUGUUGUUCUGGUGGUUCUAAAAUCUGUAAUUUUGGAUUACACUACUGUAUGCCUUAAUUGCUGGCAUCAGUUCCUUACUAAAAAAAACAUCAGUCCUAUAAAAUAUUGCAGUUAAAAUAAGGGGGACAGAUCAAGCAAUUACGUUUUUGAGUUUUUAAACUGAGGUAGCCGUUUCCAAAGCCUUUUCAGAAUUCACACAACUCAAUUACAAAGAAAAUUCAGCUGUACCAAUGGACUAACAAAUAUCAAGCAUAAUCAGACAAAACAGCUACAAUUAUACUGAUAUUUGACAUGGAACCAUGGUAAUGAUGUAGACUGUGCACAGAUGUGCAAACACAUGAACUUUGGAUGAUAAUUCAGAAUUCUUGAACACAUUUAUCAUACUAUUAAGAGACAUACCCUGAAUGAGCUUACUAGGUAAGUUUUAAGAUGACAAGAUAUUUAAAAAAAGCCUCAUAAGUAUAAAAUACAUAUACUUGACUACUAGUACCUAAAAUGAGCAUAAAUUAGGUAAAGGGCUACACUCCUUGUGAAUCCAUAAAAUUCACACAUAUGCAUUAUUUUUAAUGAGUAGUUCCCUCAAUCAAAGAAUAAAUUCCUUAUUUGCAGGAGUAUAAUAAGCUGCAUGGUGCCAAUCCUGCUAUCCCACAGUACAGAACUAAUUGCAGCUUCAGGAUGCAGGUGCAACAAGUUGUCAUGGGAUACAACAUAAAGAGCCUCCUACGCUAAGAUAGGAGCAAGUAGAUGUUUUACAAAUGUGUCGAAACUGACUGCAAUAUUUAAAAGGAACUGCCCUAUAAUGGUAGAUGGUUCUGACAGAAAACUUUUCCAAAUUAGUUUUUAUUAGUAAAAACACUAUGUUUUAAUCUUCUGUAUUACACAAGAGGCAUAAUUGAUAUAGCCCAAGAUUAAUAUGAGUAAAUUCUGAUGCUGGUGUUAUCAAAUGAAAAUAAUUUAAUUUUUUGUUGCAAUAUAAGUACAUCAUGGUAUAGCACUUAAGAAACUUAAGUUGAUAUAAUGUGAAAUUUAAUUUAAACUGAUGUUCAAUAUUUUUAGGUUGUAAAACAUUAAACAUUCAAUUUGGCCUAACUUGCAAAAUAUGUUAAGAAUGAAAACUGAAUGUGAUUGGCUAGGAAUAACCAAUAAAAGGUUGCAGCCUUUGCAGUCUUUUCAGAAUACUGGAUGAAAAAUCUCUAGCUGUCAAACAAUUUUGUUCUGCCGUCAAAAACUACUGUGUGAUAAAAUGGAAAAUUCUGUUGUUAUAAUCUUCAUAGUUUUUGAUCAAAUCUUUAUAGUACCAGUGUUCAUUGUGACUUGUGUGGCUGCCAGGACUGUUAUAAAGCAUGCAGGGAUAUCAGUGAAAAGUAACAUGAUAGCCACAAUAGCAUCUGGCACAUUUGUUUUCCUGGCGGAAGAAACCAUCUGGAAUAUUGCACUGGUAACAUCAGAUGAAAAGAGCAUCCCAAAGGUCUUCUGGCUCAUUCUCAAAAAUACCCAUGAUAGCAGUUUGCUGUUGAUCCAUAUGGGACUAGCUUGGCUUUCUCUGCAACUUGCCUCAAACUUUUUUAAAAGUAUCAGAAUUGUGAAAUGCAUCAGCAUUUUCUUAUGGACAAUCUCAGUUGGAGCAACAGUAGCCAUAUCCCAUGGGACAACAAAUGCCAACACAAACACAGAGCCUGUUGACAAAACAGCAUACAUUUCAAAGGCAAUCUUCCCUACAAAGGAUAUAUCUACUACUACGAAGUGGGCAAUCUCUUCAGUAAUUUAUCUUCCUUUUGUAUUGAUUAUCAUUUUAUCCAGCAUCAUAAUAAGAAAGAAGCAAAAGCAAACUAUUUUUGCUCUCAAUGGUGAAGAACAGGAUACAAAUGAUGUCCACAAUAUCCGUGCAGGGCAUGCUCUUCUACCCGUUCUUCUGAGUGAAGUUAUAUUCAUGAUAAUUUCCUUCAUCUUCAAGAACAUGGAAAACAGUAUAAAUGUUCACAAGUACGAAUUCAUAAUUUUUCUCAAUUGUUUCUUCAUCCAUGCCCUAAUAGUCACUUUACCCACUGGUCUUUGUAUUGUUGGCAAAGAAUUUCAGAUAAAGCUCAGCAACUGCUGUGAGAGAACAAAAGCCACGUAUACAAUAAAGACUCCGAGGGAUGAUACCGUCAAUGUGGAUGAAAUAGAACCAGCAAUCACAUCAAACCCAGUCCAGCGUCCCCACCAGUUGAAUUCAAACAAAAUCAGUGUGAUUAUUCACAAUGAACUGAACCAAGAAAUUGACUGCUCUGUAGAACCCGAAUUCAAACGUUUGUCAAUGGCCGGUCCUGCAAGUGGCCAGAAAGGUGCCAAAUCAAGAGCCAGCAGUCUUACAGGAAAACCUGGUCCAUCUAAAAUAGUCACUCUUUCAGUGAGCGUAGACGAUGAGAGCUUAUGCACAAGAAAACUUUCAUUAGUGUCCAGUUUGUCUAUGGGAAUGUCACAGGUGGCAUUUCAUGGUUCCACGACAUGUCUGUCAAACUUUGAAGAGGAUUUCAGUGCCCCUGCCUCCCCUACAAAAGCCCCUCCAAACCAAACAAUCAACGAAGUAUUUCUAGGUGGGGAGCUUCAACUGCGUGAUCUCAACAUAAAUCAUGAGCGAUCAUCAUGCCCAGCAUGGAAUUAUAACCUCAGUCCACCACCACUACGAAGAGACUGCACAUCUAUGCCUGACCGCAAGAAUACGGCAGGUAAUAACCCAGCAAUGGAGGACUGGCAUAAAGUUCAAAAAUGGAGAAACCAAAACAUCAAAAUGGCCUGGAUCUCAAAGCCAUCAAAUGAAUGAAACAUCUGCAGUAGACAGAGAAAGAAGAAUGUAC